UGAAACCCGACCCGAAUCAGCAGCGCCAAGCUUCUCAAACUCGCUCAGUUUCCAUUUUUUUCCUUUUCUCUAACAGAACAAACAUCAAACACCUUCUCUGCACAAAACAGCAGAGACAUAACUUUUGAAAACAUGCAACGUUUGAAAACUCUGCUGCCUGAAAAAUGUAGAUUCUCUCUUCGCACACUAUGCUCUCAUCCUCGAGCUUUCUCUGCUCAAGUGCACCACCAUAUCGAUGAUGAUCACGAUGAUCCCCAACAACAGAUUUUGGUUGAAGGAAGAGCGAAAUCGAGAGCAGCUAUACUCAACAGACCAUCUUCACUGAAUGCGCUCACAACUUCAAUGGUUGCUAGGCUUAAGAGGCUAUAUGAUUCGUGGGAAGAAAAUUCUGACAUUGGCUUUGUCUUAAUGAAGGGUAGUGGCAGAGCUUUCUGCUCUGGUGCAGAUGUUGUUAGGCUGUAUAACUCACUGAAUGAAGGAAAUGUUGAAGAAGCUGAACAGUUUCUCAGAACAUUAUAUUCAUUCGCAUAUCUUCAAGGGACAUAUCUUAAGCCACAUGUAGCUAUUCUCGAUGGAAUAACAAUGGGAUGUGGAGCUGGAAUUUCUCUUCCGGGGAUGUAUCGUGUGGUUACUGAUAAAACUAUUUUUUCACACCCAGAGGCUCAAAUAGGUUUCCACCCUGAUUCAGGAGCUUCUUAUUAUUUAUCUCGUUUACCUGGAUACCUAGGGGAAUACUUGGCCCUUACAGGAGAUAAGCUAAAUGGUGUAGAAAUGAUUGCUUGUCACCUUGCUACUCACUUUACACUAAAUGCGAGGCUUCCUUGGCUUGAAGAACGCCUAGGAAAAUUGAUCACAGAUGAUCCUUCUAUUGUGGAGACAUCUCUUGCCCAGUAUGGAGAUAUUGUUUACCCAGACAAAAGCAGUGUCCUUCACAAGAUUGAUACUAUUGAUCGAUGUUUCUGUCAUGAUACAAUGGAGGAAAUUAUUGAAGCUUUGGCCAAGGAAGCAGCUGAGUCUUAUGAUGAAUGGUGUAUAUCAACUCUUAGGAAGAUUAGAGAAGCAUCUCCAUUGAGUUUGAAAAUUACUUUAGAAUCUAUACGUGAAGGUAGAUUUGAAACACUUGAUCAAUGUCUGGCACGUGAGUACCGGAUAUCCCUUCGUGGAAUUUCCAAGCAGUUCUCCUCUGAUUUCUUUGAGGGUGUUAGAGCAAGAAUGGUUGAUAAGGAUUUUACCCCCAAGUGGGAUCCACCUAGUUUAAAGGAUGUAUCAGAUGACAUGGUUCAAUCAUAUUUCUCUCCGUUCAGCGAAGUAGAGUCUGAACUGGUAUUACCGACGGCAUUGCGAGAACCUUACAUGUGAGAUUAGUACAAUCUUCAUUAAUUCUUGUCAUUAUCAACGGUAAACCAAAUAAGUUCAAGAUUUGUUUGCUGACUUCAUAGAACAUAGUAGUUUUUCACAUAUCUGUGUUGUAUUAGCAUGAAAAUGUAAUAGUUGCACUGUUAUUUUUGGUGGGGUGCAAGGUUGAAUUAUCAUCAAGCAUUCAUGAAAAAUGUAGAUUAUCCAAUUAGCUCGCUCGUUGCUGUUUUAAUUUGUCA